CGUUUCCUCUGCGCCGGAAGAAGAACUCACGAACUCUUUUGGAGUCAUGGCAGCGGUAGAUAUCCGAGAUAAUCUGCUGGGAAUUUCUUGGGUUGACAGUUCCUGGAUCCCUGCUUUGAACAGUGGAAAUGUCCUGGAUUACUUUUCAGAAAGAAGUAAUCCCUUUUAUGACAGAACAUGUAAUAAUGAAGUGGUCAAAAUGCAGAGACUAACAUUGGAACACUUAAAUCAGAUGGUUGGAGUAGAAUACAUCCUUUUACAUGCUCAGGAGCCCAUUCUUUUUAUUAUUCGGAAGCAACAGCGGCAGUCCCCUACCCAAGUUAUCCCACUGGCUGAUUACUAUAUCAUUGCUGGAGUGAUCUAUCAGGCACCAGACUUAGGAUCAGUUAUAAACUCUAGAGUGCUUACUGCGGUGCAUGGCAUUCAGUCAGCUUUUGAUGAAGCUAUGUCAUACUGUCGAUAUCACCCUUCCAAAGGCUACUGGUGGCACUUCAAAGAUCAUGAGGAGCAAGAUAAAGUCAAACCUAAAACCAAAAGGAAAGAAGAACCAAGCUCUAUUUUCCAGAGGCAACGUGUGGAUGCCUUACUCCUAGACCUGAGACAAAAGUUUCCACCCAAAUUUGUGCAGCAGUCACAACCAAGCCACACGGAAAAUCGACAAUACGGAGUCCAAAGGACAACUAGAUACUCGGCUGGACCGGUACGAGGAGCGAGGCCAGAAGCAGAGCAGGUUAGCAAGAAAAAAUUCCCGGGGCGGUGCGCGGGGCGCGCAGGCAACCGAGGGCUGAUCGCCAGCGAGCUGGCUGCCGGAGCGCACAGGGAAUAGGCACGGUGGGUCGCUCAGUCGCGCGCAUUUACGUGCGGAGAAACCAGUGAGAAGGGAAGCCCGGGCGGUGCAGUAGGCUCGCAAAAUUAGGAUCGCAUAAGCAAGCCCGAGGCGUUUGAGUGACUGGAUGCUGCUGGGCUAGCGGAGAGGAACGCCAUCGCUCCCUCUCUGACCCCGCCCCCACACACAGCGUCACAAACCAGCGACCUGUGUCGCCCCGUCCUGGUAAACAACUAAGGCUUUGCUCCGCUCACUAAACAGCACGAAUAAACCAAAAAUGGCUCUAGAACAACUCAGAGCCCCAGAACCGAUAGACCUAAGUGAUGAAGAAAUAGCCAGUCUUUCAGAUGCACAGUUCAAAACACUGGUUAUAAAGAUCCUUACAGAACUGGUGGAUUUUAGUCACAAAUUAGAGAAACAUAUGGAAGCUAAAUUAAUUGAAAUGAAUGCUGAUACAAAAGAUACCAAUAGUGAUGGAAAGAAAAUUGGGACUCAAAUCAAGGGAGAGUACCAGACAGAAGAAAAAGAUGAUCAAGCAGAAAGGAAUGAAGAAAUAAGAAUUCAGAAAAAUGAGGAGAGGCUUGGGAACCUCCAGGACAUCUUUAAACGUUCCAACAUCCGAAUUAUAGGGGUACCAGA